GUCUAUCCCCUCUUUCUAUCUAUAUAAUCUGCCUAUUGUCAAAGCUUAAUCAUAUCUACGCUUAGUAAAUCAAAAAAAAAAAAAAAAAUGGGGGUAGACAUACAGAACAAGAUCCGCCUAGCUCUUGGGUCAGUGAAGGAUCAUGCAUCCAUCGGUAAGGCCAUGAUAUACAACCACCACAACCGAAAAGCCUUUUCCGAUAUAGAGAUCGCUGUGCUGCGAGCAACCGGCCACGAUAACGGUCCCAUAGGAGACAAAUACAUGCAUGAGAUCCUUUUCCUCGUCUCCAACUCGCCGGGGUCCAUCCCUUUCCUCGCCGAAAGGAUUUCACGGCGCCUCUGCAAGACUCGACACCGCCUCGUUGCUCUCAAAACGCUUUCUCUCAUCCACCGUCUCCUGCGGGGUGGCAACCGUUGCUUCGAACAACAGCUGCGUAGCGCUCAUGUUUCCGGUCAUCUCCAGAUGAGCACCAACAGUUUUCUCAAGUGUUCGGAUCCUUGGUCUUCGUUCCUGCGGAGCUACGCGGCUUAUCUGGAAGAACGAGUGGGAUGGGCCAUUAACCAAGCCGGGAAACUCGAACCGGUUAUGUUCAAUGGCUUGGAGUUCGGGUGUUACGAGGAGAAGUCGGUGGAUAUGGUGUUUCGUAAGUUACCCAAAUGUCAAGCGUUUAUAGACAGGGUCUUGGAUUGUUCGCCGCGUGAUAUCGUGCCUGCUGCAGACAGCUUAGCUCAAGCGGCCUUGGUCAAUACCUUGAAAGAGAGCUUCCAGGUUUACAUCAUGCUUUGUGAAGGCAUCGGAAUCCUCAUCAACAUGUUCUUCGAUUUAACAAGACCAGCCAGAGCUUUGGCCUGCGAUAUACUCAAGAGAACUUCACGCCAAAGCAAGGAGCUUCACGAUUUGUAUGAAACCUGCAAACGAGUUAUGGAAAACAAGAAUCUCGAGUAUCCCAAUGUGCAGAUAAUCACCAUGGAUCAUGUUUUGGCAUUGGAACAGUGCUCUAGCUUUAUGUCAACGAGCACCUCAACAACACCUCCUCCACUAUCCGAUUGCCUAACAACGUUGGGUAAAGAAAGUGAAAAGGAAGAGAAUGGAGAUAAUGGGUCAUCAUCAUCUCAGUUUUCAUGCACUAUGGAAACCAAAAUAAGCAAGGUUUGGGUUGUUUUCGAAGAAGACGAUGGUGAAUUACAGGUGCCUAUGGCUAUGGAUAUUGUUUAAUGAAAGAGAGAAUAAUUGAAGUAGCAGCUUUGUCAACGCCCAUUGUUAACUUACAUGACAGACGACAAGUCCAAUUUUGCAGGUAUGAAUCUGAACCAACCAUUCCUUUCAAUCGAAAAAGAGGAAAUUCUUGUGUACCUAGCUGUCUAAUAAAGCUUGAUUGUUCUUUGAGAAAUUUAUAAAUAUAUACAUGAUUUAAAAGA